AAAAGUAAACGCCAUUAUUGAUAACUUCUCUCUCUCUCUCCAUAAGCUGUUCAUCUCCCCCAACCACAACAAACCAACUAGCUUUGCUUUGGUCUCUGUCCAGGACAAGAGCAUCCUGAUUAAAGCUAACCCCCUUUCGUUUUUCUUUUAAAUUUUCCAAUUGGUUUUGUCUGAAAGAAUAUUUUACCGGAAAGCAAAAAAAAAAAAGAAAACUUGGAGAAGAAUGAGUGAAAAGGAAUAAACAAAUUCUAAAGCCUCAAAUUUGGAAUAUUCCCAUUUCUCUCAUCUUCCUUUCUUCCUUAUUGCUUUGUGACCUCUGUUUCAUUUCUUUCUUUCUUUCAAUCUCUCUGUUCCUCUGUAACAGUAAAGCUUCAUCAAAAUCUCGAAAGCCUCUCCCUUUGAUCGGAUUAUUUUAAUCUGAUUCUUAUCACUUUCUCAAUCGAAUUUGAAUCUUUAUUGAAUUUUUUUAGAUCUGGUGCUGUAAUAACAAAUCAGCUGCUCUGUUUUUUUUUAAUUAAAGUUUCAAAAUUUGUGGAUUGCUGUAAUGGAUUUGGAUGAUUUCCGGACGGUUAUUGACAACGCCGGCGUCGAUGUUUGGACAUUCAUCGACACUGCGAUCCUCGUGGCUUCGCUUGACUACGGUCACGAGCUGAAGCAGAGGAGAGACAACAUCGUCGAGCGUCUCUACGCCACCUCCAUGGCGAACAAGUGUAGAAACUGCGAUUAUGGCGGCGGCGGGGGAACCGUUGUGGAAGAUAGGGCUAAUGGGAGGGUUCACGAGGAGGAGACGGAGGAGGAAGAAGAAGUAAGAGAGAAAACAGUUAAUGGUGAUGACGAAGAGGACGAUGAGGAUCCGUUUGCUGGUUUGUUUGAUGAUGAGCAGAAGAGUAUUCUUGAAAUCAAAGAGAAGCUUGAAGAACCUAAUCUGACAGAAGAAGCUUUGGUGGAGUUGCUUCAGAAUCUGGAAGAUAUGGAGAUCACAUUCCAAGCUCUUCAGGAAACUGAUAUUGGGAGGUAUGUGAAUAGAGAUCGAGUUCGGAAGCACCCAUCCAACGAAGUUCGGAGAUUAGCUAAACAACUUGUCAAAAAAUGGAAAGAAACAGUGGACGAAUGGGUCAAAUUCAACCAGCCUGGUGAUCUCCAUCCUCCGAGUUUAAUAGCUGAUGAGGACUCACCGCAGCAGAGAGCUGUCCACCAACAGGUUCCUGACUUUGGGUAUUCACCAGUUCCUCAAGCAAGUAAGCAUAGUAACAUCACUAAGCCAGAGAGGAAGCCUAGACCUGUUGCUCCUCCUCCUCCUAGGAGAGAAUCUCCUUCUCCUGCUAAACCUUCUCGUCCUUCUCCUUCUCAACAACAACCCAUUCAGAGGGAGAAGGAGCAUAAAGAAAUUGAUUUUGACUCGGCUCGGAAAAGACUACAACAAAACUAUAGACAUGCGGAGAAUGCUAAAAAGCAAAGGACUAUACAGGUGAUGGACAUUCAUGAGAUCCCUAAACCCAAGAAAGGUGGAUUUUUCCCAAGAAAAGGUGGGAGUUCUCAGGGAGGUGGUAGACACUGGUAGACUAAAUGAAGAAGGUGAUGAAGAGAGUUGAGUGAAACGAGUUAGUAGAGGAAUGUAAAAGACAGAGAACAAAGCUCUGUUUUUUUAGACAGGCACAAGAGGUCUAAAAGUAUGUUUCAAGUAUUUGGAAUUAAGUUGGUGCGUACACUUGUUUUCCAUUUUGUUAUUAUAUUUUUUAUUUGCUGAUUAAGAACAUAAUUUUGUUGGAUUUUAUGAAUAAUAUAUUCUGAAAUUCAAGUUUA